AUGGAGCAUGAGAACAAUCGCGACAUUUCACAGCAGCCGAAGAUGAAGCACAAGGGGAAGCACGACAAGCCGAAGCCAUGGGAUGAUGACCCCAACAUUGAUCGCUGGAAGAUCGAGAAGUUUGACCUGUCUCGGAAUGAAACCGGAAUGCUUGAAGUUUCUGGUUUUCAAUUGCUUUGUGCAGAGAAGUACUUGCAAGAGGUCUGGCCAACUGUGAAUUCCUCUUUGAAAGAGUAUGGCAUUUCAUGUGAACUUAAUCUGGUUGAGGGGUCCCUGACAGUUUCAACAACCAGAAAGACCAGGGACCCAUAUAUUAUCAUUAAUGCUAGGGAUCUUAUUAAGCUUUUGUCAAGAAGCUUUCCAGUUCAUCAGGCAAUAAAAAUACUGGACGAUGAAAUGCAAUGUGAUAUCAUCAAGACUGGCAACUUGGUCCACAAUAGGGUUUGCUACCGUUGUCAAUAUUUGACUUGCCAAAUCUCUCCGGUUUAUUCCUUGAGCACAAUCAACUUGUUGGUCCCCUUCCUAAUCGCGUUGUAUUCCAUCUUUGUUUGGAAAUUUGACUAAUCUUGAAUGGUUAGACCUCUCUUUCAACAAGCUCAGAGGGGAGAUUCCCAAGCAAUUGGCAGAUAUUCCGUGGCUUGCAGAUUUAAAGCUAUCACAUAA